AUGAAGGGCCCCAUGUCCCCGCUCUCGCUGCGCGCGACGGAGUUGGAGGACCGCCCGCCGGAGUGGAUGGCGCUCAUCGCGCCGUCAUCCUCGGCGGGCCCUGCGCCGCCUCUCCCGUCGGCGUCCAGCAGCAAUGGCGGAGCAGGAGGUGGCUUAAAGCCCCGCCGCGUGCGAGUGCUGCCAGUCUCACACCCCUCCCACGCUGACAUCUACGACAGCGGUUCUCCCGGCGGGACCGGGGGUUUUAUUGGUUCCAACUGCUGGGCGGCAUUUUGGCGCGUAGUGCACUACCUCUUCCCGUGUACCAAGUGGAUGGCGGCUUAUAACCUGCGAGACGACCUCUUGGCGGACCUUAUAGCGGGGAUAAGCGUGGGCACGAUGCUUGUGCCACAGUCCAUGUCAUACGCUAAGCUUGCUGGCCUCCCCCCGAUAUACGGCCUAUACUCGGCGUUCGUGCCCAUUCUGAGCUACGUGGUGUUUGGUUCAUCCCGCCAGCUGGCAGUGGGCCCCGUGGCCAUCGUAUCCAUUCUCACCUUCGACGGGCUCAGGAAGGUUGUAGCAGAGAAGCUACGAGACUCGGCUGUAGCGGCGGGUUUGGCUGCAGCAGGGAGCGUGGGAGGGGGGAUAGAGCUCCCAGGCGCAACAGGUUUGGGUGGGUUCCAGCCCUCUAGGUCUCUGCUGGAUUUCCGAAGCUCGGUUGGCAGUAGUGGUGGUAGUGGUGGUGGCAGUGGCAGCAGCAGCAGCAGCAGUGCUCUGGUUCCGUUUCCUGUGAGCACGGCUGCAAGGCAGCUCAGUAGCAUGGGGUGGGGGAUCACAGCCGCGGAACUGACAGGUGGAGGAGGAGGAGCAAGGGGAGGGAUGCUAGGAGGAGGGGCAGCAGCGGCAGGAGGGGCAGUAGGGGCGGGGGAUGUGACCAUGGAAGAGUUGGCAGUGCUGCUGGCGCUCAUGGUGGGGCUGCUCGAAGUGCUCAUGGGCCUGCUCAGAAUGGGGUGGCUCGUGCGUUUUCUCUCUCACAGCGUCGUCUCGGGAUUCACCUCGGGAGCGGCUCUCCUUGUGUGCGUGUCAGUGGCAAAGGACAUUCUCGGAUUCUCCAUGCCGGGCCAGACCACCUUUGUAGCGGCGCUGUCGCACAUAAUCAAGCAGAUCAUGGCGGGGAGGGCGCACUGGGAGCCCAUGGCGCUAGGAGGGGGCGCGCUGCUGCUGCUGCUGCUCAUGAAGGAGGCGGGCAAGAGCUGGAAGUCCCUGCAGGUGCUGCGAUGCGCCGGGCCCUUCACCAGCAUUGUGCUCGGUGCCUUGGUCGUCAACCUCUGGCGGCCCCCGCAUGUGCCUGUGGUGGGCGAGAUCCCUCAGGGUCUGCCCUCUCUCUCCACGGCCUUCCCCUGGGAGUAUUUCCCCAAGCUGCUGCCAACAGCACUCGUGAUUACAGGAGUGGCAAUCCUGGAGUCAUGUGGAAUAGCCAAGGCGCUGGCAGCGCGCAAUGGCUACGCCAUCGACGCCAACCAGGAGCUCUUUGGGCUCGGCAUGGCCAAUGUGCUCGGCUCCUUCUUCUCCUCCUUCCCCACCACUGGCUCGUUCUCUCGAUCAGCAGUGAACAACGAGGUGGGAGCGCGCACAGCACUGAGUGGGCUCAUCAUGGCGCUCAUGGUCGUCGCCACGCUGCUCUUCCUCACUCCAGCCUUCAGAGACGUGCCGCAGUGUGUGCUGGCAGCAGUGGUGGUGAAUGCAGUGCACGGCUUGGUGGACCUACAGGAGCCGCUCUUCCUGUGGCGCGUGGAGAAGAAGGACCUCGUUCUCUGGUUCUGCGCCUUCCUGGGCACACUGCUGCUGGGACUGGAGACUGGCGUUCUCAUCUCGGUGGCGCUCUCCCUCGUUUUUGUCAUUCAUGAGUCUGCCAAUCCGCACAUGGCCGUGCUGGGUCGCCUCCCAGGCACCACGGUCUACCGCAACGUGAAGCAGUACCGCGAUGCAUACACGUACAGGGGCGUGGUCAUUCUGCGCAUCGACUCACCCAUCUAUUUUGCCAACGUGGACUAUAUCAAAGAGAGGCUACGCAAGUACGAGCUGCAGAGGGUGGCGUGGUGGAAGGACGGCAGCAGCGGCAGCAGCGGAGGAAGGCUGGCAGGCAGCAACGGGGGAGCCAACGGAAUGGCUGUCAUGGACCUGCGCUUUCUCAUACUCGAGAUGUCCCCCGUUACUUAUAUCGAUUCCACGGCCGUGCACGCCCUCAAGGAGCUCUAUAACGAGUACAAGGCACGGGACAUCCAGCUGUGCUUCUCCAACCCCUCGCCCAAAGUCAUGCUCACCAUGGCCCGAGCCGGUUUCCCUGAUCUGAUCGGCCGCCAGUGGUACUUUGUGCGGAUCCACGACGCCGUUCAGGUGUGCCUUGCACUGCUGGAAGAUACAGAGAUCACCAUCGAAACCCCUUCGCGCUACCAGCGAGCUGACUCCUCUGCAGUCAGAGCAACUUCCGCUCAGGCAGGCCUCACCCUCUCUCCGCACCUGUCCGCCAGCUUUGUGAAUCUCGCCCAAGCUGCCCAACGAGCCAGCAGCUCAAACUCUGAAGGUGGGUUGAGUACGGUUGGGGAGGAUAUCCAGUCCAUGUCGGGUGAGUCAGAGGAGAGUAUGGGUGCGAGGCGGAGGAAGAAGCAGAGUGUGGCGACAGCAGCUGCAGAUGCAGCAGAUGCUGCAGAGGAUGCUGCGUUCUUUGAAGGGAGGAUGAGCAGUGGGACAACUAUGAAGACGAGCAGCGUGGCCAUCGUGCUGUGUCUCAACAUCGGAGUGGACCCCCCUGACGUCAUCAAGAUCUCGCCCUGCGCGCGAGUCGAGUGCUGGAUCGAUCCCUUUUCAAUGCAAGCACAGAAGGCCCUGGAUACCAUUGGGAAGAACCUUCAAGCGCAGUACGAGCGCUGGCAACCCAAGGCGCGCUACAAGGUGCAGCUGGACCCGACAGUGGAAGAAGUGAAGAAGCUGUGCCUGACGUGCCGGCGCAACGCCAAGGCGGAGAGGGUGCUGUUCCACUACAACGGCCACGGCGUGCCCAAGCCCACAGGCAACGGGGAGAUCUGGGUGUUCAACAAGACGUACACGCAGUACAUCCCGCUGUCCGUGUAUGAGCUCGACUCGUGGCUCGCCACGCCCUCCAUCUACGUCUUUGACUGCUCCGCUGCCGGCAUCAUCAUCAACGCGUUUGUCGAGCGUCCUGACUGGGCCCUAGCAGCUCCGUCCAGCCCGCUCGCGUCCCCAACAGCAGCCAGCAGGGAAGCAGCAGCCGCCACAGCAGCAGCAGCAGCAGCAGCGGGGAUGCACGACCGAAUACUGCUGGCAGCGUGCGGCCCAGAGGAGAUUCUUCCUCAGCCGCCUGACUUGCCAGCAGACCUCUUCACUGCAUGCCUCACCACGCCCAUCAAAAUCGCUUUGCGGUGGUUCUGCUCACGCUCGCUCCUGCGCGACUCGCUGGACCCCGAGAUGGUGGAGCGCAUUCCCGGGCGGCAGAGUGAGCGCAAGACGGCGCUGGGCGAGCUCAACUGGAUCUUCACCGCCGUCACCGACACCAUCGCCUGGAACACCCUCCCCACGCACCUCUUCCAACGCCUCUUUCGGCAAGACCUGCUCGUUGCGUCGCUGUUCCGGAACUUUCUGCUCGCGGAGAGGGUGAUGAGGGCGAGCGGGUGCACGCCCGUGUCGUAUCCACGACUCCCACCCACGCACCAGCACCACCUAUGGCACGCAUGGGACAUGGCAGCGGAGAUGUGUCUUGCACAACUGCCCACGCUCCUUGCAGACCCCAACGCCGAGUUCCAGCCCAGCAGCUUUUUCUCGCAGCAGCUGAUGGCGUUUGAGGUGUGGCUGGAGCACGGCAGCGACAAGAAGAGACCCCCGGAGCAACUCCCCAUCGUGCUGCAGGUGCUACUCAGUCACUCGCACAGGCUGCGAGCUCUCGUGCUUCUGGGAAGAUUCCUCGACAUGGGACCCUGGGCUGUCGACCUGGCGCUGUCUGUGGGCAUAUUCCCGUAUGUGCUCAAGCUGCUGCAGACGAGUGCAGUGGAGCUGCGGCAGAUCCUCGUGUUCAUCUGGACCAAGAUCCUGGCUCUUGAUAAGUCAUGCCAGGUGGAUCUGGUGAGGGAUGGCGGCCACAUGUAUUUCAUCAAGUGCCUUGAGACCCACGAGCCAUACUCCUCCGACCCCAGGGAGCGAGCCACAGUGGCUUUUCAGCGAGCCAUGGCUGCGUUUGUGCUUGCGCUCAUAUGCGAUGGUCAUCCCAAGGGGCACCAAGCUUGCCUGCAGGCGGGACUCAUCCCUCUCUGCCUGAUGCACAUCCAAGCUGCGCCUCCAGCAGAGCCACUGCUGCUGCAAUGGCUGUGCCUGUGUGUGGGCAAGCUGUGGGGGGGAGCGCCAGAGGCACAGGCAGCGGCAUUGGCUCAGCAUCGCGCCCCUCAGAUCCUUUCCCCGUUACUGUCAGAGCCACAGCCAGAGGGUCAACAGCAGCAGGCAGAGCAAGGGAGGCGUGACAGGCAGGAGGAGGAUGCGGGGCAGAGGCCUGAGGAAAUGGAAGUGUCCGAGCGGCAGCAACAUAUGCCCUGGGCGCUUUGA